UAAGUGCAAAAUGGCCCUAUUAUGAUAAUUGCACAAAAUUAUGAUUGAUGGAGAUUAGCUGCUUAUUUGAGGAAAUGGCAGGCACACGUGUGACACAGGCAGGCCGGGGCACGGGGGCACGGGCAGAGGGGCACUCCAGGCUCUUCCUGUGGUGCAGAUUGUCAGCAUCACCCCAGGAGCUGCUGCAUCCCAGCUCUCAGGUUGGGAAGUUCCAUUGCACAGCCGGAGCAUGGCUGGAGUCUGGGAUGGAGCCAGUGUGACCCGUGCACAGCCCCAUCCUGCCCCAUGCAAGGCUUCUGGUUUCUUCUGCCAACCCCAUUAAAGGUAUCCCUGAUUAGUGGGUAAACCUGUUAAACGGUGAUGGCAGGCAGGUCUCUGUGUGCCGGCUCCUUGACUGGUGCUCCUGGUGCUCUGCCCCACCAGGCUGUGCCACGGGGCUGGGGAGAGGGCAGUGGGGCAGCCCCAGCACCCCUGCAGCUCUCAGUAGGUCUAUAUUGCUUACUUUGGGUGAAGUUGAGCAGGGUGCUGGGCUGGCAGCCUGUUCCUGCCUCAUGCCUGGCUGUCCCCACCAGUGUUCCUUGGCCUUGGGGACCCUCCUACAGCAUCACUGCUGGGAGAACCUUCACUACAAUGGGUGCUCAAGCCACAUUCCAGCUUCUUCCUUCAGAAAAUCACCAAGACCAGGAAUCUGGGGAAGAAAACCAGGAAAGGCAGGAAUGGCUGCAAUGCCAAUGGCUGGCCAGGAUGGAGCCAUGGCACGACUGCACCGCUGGCGCCAGGGUUUUGGCAUGGGGCGGGCACGCUGUGUCGCACAAGGCUGAGUGCACGGCCGUGCAGUGACAAACGGCCGGGGGGCACCCCAAAACCACCCACCCAUCGACAGAAGUCCCUCCUCCGCUCUCCCCUUCCCAAUUUCCCGGGCCUCCCUACGCGGCAGACGGAUGCUGGGUAAGAGGUGUGUCUGCCGGAGCCGUGCUUGCCACGCAGCAUCCCUGAGCCGAUCUGCAUCGGCGCUUGCCAUCCCUGGCAUGGGCUCUCCUGGCUGGGAUGGGGGCACGAGUGGGCACGGACGGAGCUGAGCCUCUCCAUGCGAUGCCAGCACGGUGUCCAGGCUCCCGAGCCCUCACUGCGGGACGAGGACAUCACCCAGCUGCCCGCAGCCAGCCCCUGGCAGGUUCCCCGCCACCGGGCACGGCGAAGCCAGCUCAUUCCCCUGCCGUUUUCCCCUUUUCCUCCCCCUUGUUUGGCUUUUGGCAGCAGAGCCACGGUGGUGGCUGGGGCGCGCAGUGCCGGGGAAGGGCUGCCAAGCGCCAGCAGCCCCCCGGCCCCCUGUGCCAAGGCUGGUGGCUGGCAGAAGGGCUGCCUGCGCCUGGUGGGGCUCCGUCAGCUGCGGGAGGAUCCCUGCGCCGCGCUCGCUGCCAAUUUCCCUGCGAGCUGGCACCGUGAGCGGCUCCGGAGGCACCGGCGGAGAAGGCUGGGGAGGACGGAUUGUGAAAGGGAGAGAGGAAAAAAAACAACUAAUGGACACAUGCCAUCGCGGGAGCGGCAAGGCUGCCGCUGCCAAGGCGCCAGCAGGCAGCGAGGGGCCAAAACCCGCCAUGGCGAAGAGAGGAGGGUCUGGCAGCCUGUCCUGGCGCGAGACACAUGGAGGACGGGCAGCGUGGCAGCGGCACGGCAUGGCCAAGGCAGGACGGGUGGCAGACGUUGGAGCCAGAGCGGAGAGAGAUCCCCAGUCCCAUGGGAGAAGGCUGCUGAAUGGAGACACCCCUACCUGGUCCCUGAUGCCACUGUGCCGCCCAGCCCUCUCAUGCAUGGAACAGUCCUAGGAUGGGAGUUCAUGAUUUGGGCUGUACAAUGUGGUGGAUGUGGAUGUGCCACCAGUAUGGUACUUGCUGGGAUGCACCAACAACUGCCAUGCACCCAACCCGCUGACCUGCUGGGAUGUGGCGACAAGGAUGGGAACCCCACUACAAAGCCUCUGUAGCCACUGGGUUUCAGCAUUGCCAAGAGCAUGUCCAGGCAAAGGAGGAGGUUUAUCCAUCGGGAGGCUUAUCCAUUCAAACACCAGUACACAUGGAGCUUUACCAAACACACUGAGGCCUGGAUGGCUGCCUCAGGGGCCAGCAUUCAACCUGGGGAGGAGAAUGCUACAGGCCACGGGAGAACGGAGGAUGACAGUGGCAUCUCCAGCCAGGACCUGCAUGAACCCACCGAGGUCCCCAAGUUGGGAGCUCUGGGUACACAGUCCUCAGCCCCAUUGCACCCCUCCAUCCUUGGGUUGGGAAUGUGGCUGGGAAACCUUAUAACCAGUUGGUUUCAGAGCAGGAGGCAAGAAGCAGGAGGAAGGUGCCGUGGGUGAUGUAGGUGCCCGGGCACAGGCAGGGUGAUUGGUGCUGCCGGUCACUGCCAGGUUACAUCUGCUGGGGCACGCAAGAGUGACUCCAGAUGCAUUAGAAGUGCCGUGCUCCAAUUUCAAUUUCAUCGUCUCACAAUCAUUUUCAGGCUCCUCUUAGUGCCACAUUAACGAAGCCUGCUCGUUUGAAUGCAUAAUUAGCCCAAGCAUUCUACCUCGCUAAUUUCGAAGCAAAGGGGGGGGGGGAGAGGAGAGAGUUGGGGAGGGGGAAUUUGCAUAUUAAUUUAGUAGAGGGAGAGAAAAACUGUUUACCACUUGCUUCUUGCUGUUGAUCACAGCGGACUUAACUCUUUCCCGGGUGCCAUCUGGAGCUGCGGAGCCGGGCGCUCAGCUGGCACAUGGGAUGGGAUGCAAAGGUUACAACGGCACCAAUUAAAUCCUCCCUCCGACCAGACCACCCUGGUUGCCUUUCCUACUGGGAGCACCACAUAGGCAAAGGGUGGCCAAGGUGAAGAUACCAGCUCCAAGGUGCAGCUCUCCCAUGCGGCCCUGGGGUCAAAAGUGCUAUCAUCACCCAUACCCCAAGGUGUCAGGGUCCAUCCUGGGUCUGUCUCUGACAC